CUCACAAGCCGGUCCGGUAUAUUUUCCGUGUAAAAUCAUUAGCCACUAAUCCUCUUACGGAGGUAAAGAGGUAGAUAACGGCGGUAUCGGGGCUGAGGACUCUCCCUUUCUACCGACUUGAGUGAAGAACGCACAUAUGUGGCACUCAAUCACUCUGAGGAUUAACACAGCGUGGAAGCAGAACUGGGGGGAAGUGGUAGGUGCAGCGGUGCAAAGAUCAGCCUGCUGAGAUUUGAUCGGAGUUCCCCCAUCUCAGCCACUUGAUCGCUCUCACUGCAGAGACGUUUGCUCAGCUAAAUAGAGCAAGCUGGUUUAAUGCGGAGGAAAGCUCCCGUAGUCGAAAGGCUCACCAGCCAGCCAGAGGAGGAUGGCUCUGUCUGCGCAGCUUGAAAGGGAAAAACAAGCCUCCGUCUCCUGUAAAGGGCUCCUGAAGAUCUGCUGUGGAAUUUGAUAGUUUCUUUCUGCGCGUGCUGAUCGUACUGGGUUUGGUUUCUCCUUCUUUCCCAAUUUUGUGUUUAACCGGGAACGUAAGCGGAUUCUGAAGGGAUUUUUUUUUUUACAUACAAACCCAUGGCAUAUUGUUUGAGCGCAGGGGGGGACAUGGGCUGUGCGGAGUUGUGCGGUAAGAAAAUCAGCACACCUUACAUUGACAGAAUAUAGUGGAAAACCAAAUGCAACACAUUUCAAAAUAUGGUGAAAUGAGGAUUGAGAAGAUUCGGUUUCCAUGACCCUCGACAGACAGAAAAGGGCUGACGUUCCUUCUGCAAGGAGAUUUGUGGUUGAAGUCUUCCCUUGCAGCAGAUGUUUUUCCUUCACACUGUGUUUGAUAAGGAGGCUUCCACCAGAUGGACAGUAAACUAUCAGGCUUCUUUAAAGCACAAGUGUUUGAUCCUGACUUACAAUGGAAAAACUGCUUUUCUAUCUGCUGGUUAUUGGCAUGGCAGUUAAAGCCCAGAUCUGUCCAAAACGCUGUGUCUGUCAGAUUUUAUCUCCCAACCUUGCAACGCUCUGUGCCAAAAAAGGUCUUCUGUUUGUCCCACCUAACAUUGAUCGGCGUACCGUGGAGUUACGUUUGGCUGAUAACUUUGUCACAAACAUCAAAAGAAAAGACUUUGCCAACAUGACCAGUCUUGUGGAUCUUACCUUGUCAAGGAAUACAAUAAGUUUCAUUAUGCCCCAUGCUUUUGCAGAUCUUCGCAACCUACGGGCCCUGCACCUCAACAGCAAUCGAUUAACUAAAAUUUCCAAUGAUAUAUUUAGUGGGCUUUCUAAUCUUCACCACCUUAUUCUCAAUAACAAUCAGCUUACUACAAUCCUACCAGAGGCAUUUAAUGAUGUUUUAUCAUUGGAAGAGCUGGAUAUAUCUUAUAAUAACUUGGAGACCAUCCCCUGGGAAGCUAUUGAGAGGAUGACUAGCUUGCACACCUUCAGUCUUGACCACAACAUGAUUGACCACAUCCCCGAGGGCACCUUUUCACACCUCCAUAAACUAACCCGUUUGGAUGUUACUUCCAACAAACUCCAGAAGCUGCCACCGGACCCCCUCUUUCAGCGUGCUCAGGUUCUGGCCACAUCUGAGAUCCUGAGUCCCUCAUCUUUUGCACUUAGUUUUGGAGGUAAUCCCCUGCACUGCAAUUGUGAGUUGCUUUGGCUAAGGCGCCUUACGAGGGAAGAUGAUCUAGAAACAUGCGCUACACCAUCACAUUUGUCUGGCCGAUAUUUUUGGUCCAUUCCUGAAGAGGAAUUCUUGUGUGAACCCCCUCUGAUCACCCGUCACACACACGAAAUGCGAGUCCUGGAGGGACAAAGGGCAACCUUAAGGUGUAAAGCAAGAGGUGAUCCUGAACCUGCUAUCCACUGGAUAUCGCCUGAUGGUAAACUUAUUUCUAAUUCUUCUAGAGCGCUUGUCUAUGACAACGGAACCUUGGACAUUCUUAUCACAACUGUAAAAGAUACGGGUUCUUUCACUUGCAUCUCCUCCAAUCCAGCUGGUGAAGCAACCCAAACAGUUGACCUAAACAUUAUUAAGCUGCCCCACUUGAUAAACAGCACAAAUAAUUUUCAAGAACCGGAUCCUGGCUCCUCAGACAUCUCUACUUCGACUAAGUCUGGAUCCAAUGCUAGCAGUAACGCGGGAGAGUCAAAGAGUAACCAAGACAAAAGGGUAGUAAUUGCCGAGACGACUUCUUCAACAGCGCUUAUUAAAUUCAACUUUCAAAGGAACAUCCCUGGAAUACGCAUGUUUCAGAUUCAGUAUAACGGCACAUAUGAUGAUUCCCUUGUUUACAGAAUGAUUCCGCCCACAAGCAAAAACUUUCUUGUUAACAACUUGGCUGCUGGAACCCUCUACGACCUGUGUGUCCUGGCUAUCUACGAUGAUGGAAUUACCUCCCUGACUGCAACUAGAGUUGUGGGGUGCAUUCAGUUCACAACAGAACAGGAUUAUGUCCGCUGUCACUUUAUGCAAUCACAGUUUCUUGGUGGAACAAUGAUUAUUAUUAUAGGGGGCAUCAUCGUGGCUUCCGUCCUUGUCUUCAUUAUUAUUCUGAUGAUCCGCUACAAAGUGUGCAACAACAGUGAUCCAAACAAGGCCACAAAGGUUAGCAAUGUUUAUUCACAAACCAAUGGGGCACAAGCCCAGAGUUGUGGGGGGUCUUUACCACACUCGAGCUCGAAGCAGGCUUUGGGGCAGGAUGAGAGUGCUCAGUGUCACAAGACUCUCCUUGGUGAGACUGUGACCCAUUCUACAGAGACAUCCUCCUCUAUCCCAGAAUGCUCCACCACUACCUCUAUGAUGGCCCAGAACUGGACCUCCAGCUCCUCUGGCUCUUUAAAGCCAAAACGAAAGGCCGGGACAAAGGCAUCGCCAGAGCCCAAGAUCGAGGCACUUCCUAAUGCCGAGACUCAGAAUACGAAUCGGAAUAAUUCUACUGCAUUACAGCAGUCAAGCUGCUCUCCUGUGCUGCAAGCCAAGGAAACCCCCACUUUUAAACGAGUACACUCUAAACCUAAUAAAUACCUGACCUUGCCAGCAGACAGCCUGAGAGCUAAGCGCAGGUAUUCUUUAAACGAAGACUUGUCUAAAUACCACUGCUGUAUAAGUUCCCAAAGGUUGGGGAGCUUGUGGUCCAAAAGAAGCCUAUCAAUGAAUGGCAUGCUAUUACAAUUAGAAGGUUCAGACGUGGACAGUGGGAAGGCAACAUUUUCAAGUUCGGAGUGGAUACUGGAAAGCACUGUGUGACUUUUUCAUUUGUAUUCCCUUCAAAAAUAUAAAACCAGAAGAAACAAACAGUGUGGGUAACGUUGCCUUUUGGGGGUUUGGGAUUCCAUUUGUCUCAGUCGAUAAUUUUGUGUAUAAGGUUUUUGAAAAGCAGCAUCAUGCUCACAUGGCGUUACAACAGCAACCACACGGCAUUGUCCCCAGAUGUAACUAAACGAGUUGAAGAUAAAUGUGUCAAGAAAACGUAAAAGAAAAAAGAAAUAAGCAGUUACAACCCUUCAAAGUCACUGGCUUCCCACUUUCACGGUAGGAUGAACCAUGAGGAACAAGUCGUGUGACAAUAGGGAAUCGGGGAGGGAAGUAAUUUCACAAAAAGCCUUUUUACAAAGGAAAUUACCAUUUCCUAUAUACUAGAAGGAGAAAAAAAAACAAAACAAAUAAUAAAAAAAAGAGCAACUCUUGCUUCGGGACCUGUUAUUAAAUCGAUAUUUUUUAAAAGAAGAAGAUCAAAGUUUGUUUUCAGUGACACUGACUUUGCCUUUGUUUUCAGGCAAAAGACAUACUGUAUAGAAAAAAAAAGAAAAAAAAACAACAACUGCUGUGUUGUUAUGUUGUGUAAAAUAAAAUAUGAAAUAAAUACUCUCA